AUGGCCUUGACUGACAGCGGCUGGUGCCUGUCGAAGCGCUUGGAGGCCUCGGCUGCGGAUUGCGACUCCGGAGCCUUUCCCUUGCGGGAGCCCUCCACGCCGCCUUCCCCCAUCUCCUCCUCUUCCUCCUCCUGCUGCUCCCGGGGCCUCGGCAACUGCAGGACGCCGCAGCUCCUCGACACGGAGGCGGCGGCGGCAGGACCCCCGGCCCGGUCGCUGCUGCUCAGCCCUUACGCCUCGCACCCCUUCGGCGGGACUCCCCACGGACCUCCGGCGGCGCCCGGGGUGCCCGGCCCAGGGAGCGCCCUGCCCAACUGGGAGGACCUCCUGCUCUUCGCUGACCUCGAUCAGGCCGCCACUGCCAGCAAGCUGCUGUGGUCCAGCCGCGGCGCCAAGCUGAGUCCCUUCGCGCCCGAGCAGCCCGAGGAGAUGUACCAGACCCUCGCCGCGCUCUCCGGCCAGGGCCCGGCCGCCUACGACGGCGCGCCCGGCGGCUUCGUGCACUCGGCGGCGGCCGCGGCGGCGGCGGCGGCGGCCAGCUCCCCGGUCUACGUGCCCACCACGCGCGUGGGCUCCAUGCUGCCCGGCCUGCCCUACCUGCAGGGCGCGGGCGGCGGGCCCGCCAACCACCCGGGCGGCGCGGGCGCGCACCCCGGGUGGCCGCCGCAGGCCUCGGCCGACAGCCCCCCGUACGGCGGCGGCGGCGCGGGCGGCGCGGCGGGCGGCGGGGCCGCGGGGCCCGGCGGCGCCGGCUCGGUCUCGGCGCGCUUCGCCUACUCGGCCAGCCCGCCCAUGGCCAACGGCGCGGCGGCGCGGGACCCCGGGGGCUACGCGGCGGCCGGCGGCGGCGCGGGCGCGGGCGGCGUGGGCGGCGGCGGCGGCGGCCUGGCGGCCAUGGGCGGCCGGGAGCACCAGUACGGCUCGCUGUCGCGGUCGCUGAACGGGACGUACCACCACCAUCACCACCACCACCACCCGAGCCCCUACUCGCCCUACGUGGGGGCGCCGCUGACCUCCGCCUGGACCGCCGGCCACUUCGAGGCGCCGGUGCUGCACAGCCUGCAGGGCCGCGCCGGAGGCCCGCUCCCCGUGCCGCGGGGCCCCAGCGCAGACCUGCUGGAGGACCUGCCCGAGAGUCGCGAGUGCGUGAACUGCGGCUCCAUCCAGACGCCGCUGUGGCGGCGGGACGGCACCGGCCACUACCUGUGCAACGCCUGCGGCCUCUACAGCAAGAUGAACGGCCUCAGCCGGCCCCUCAUCAAGCCGCAGAAGCGCGUGCCUUCUUCCCGGCGGCUUGGCUUGUCCUGUGCCAACUGUCACACCACAACCACCACUUUGUGGCGCAGAAAUGCCGAGGGCGAACCUGUGUGCAAUGCUUGUGGACUCUACAUGAAACUCCAUGGGGUGCCCCGACCGCUUGCUAUGAAAAAAGAGGGAAUUCAAACCAGGAAACGAAAACCCAAGAACAUAAAUAAGUCAAAGGCUUGCUCUGGCAAUAGUAAUAAUUCCGUUCCUAUGACUCCAUCUUCCACCUCUUCUAACUCAGAUGAUUGCAGCAAAAAUACUUCCCCUACAACACAACCAACAGCCUCAGGGGCGGGUGCCCCGGUGAUGUCUGGCACGGGAGAAAGCACUAACCCCGAGAACAGCGAGCUCAAGUACUCAGGUCAAGAUGGGCUGUACAUAGGCGUCAGCCUGGCCUCGCCGGCCGAAAUCACAUCCUCCUCGGUGAGACAAGAUUCGUGGUGUGCGCUUGCCCUGGCCUGA